AUGCGCCAUCAAAUCCAAGCAGCACAUCUCUUCAAUCUUUGCAAAGCCCAGGGCCCCAGACCAACCAACAUAAGACAGUUCACAACAUCCAAAACCAUGUCCAAAGACUGGAGCGCAGCACAAUACCUCAAGUUCGAAAAUGAACGCACCCAACCAGCCCGCGAUCUCCUCGCGCGCGUUUCCCUAACCUCACCAAAGCGCAUCAUCGACCUAGGCUGCGGCCCCGCCAACUCCACCACAGUCCUAAGCACCCGCUACCCCCAAGCAAAAAUAACAGGCCUCGACUCAUCCCCAGACAUGAUCAACACGGCCCAAAAGAUCCUACCAAGUGUAGACUUCCACGUCGCAGAUCUCAACACCUGGACAACAGAAGAGAAAGUGGACCUUUUCUUCUCAAACGCCGUCUUCCAAUGGCUCAAAGCACCCGACCGCAUCGCGGUAAUUGAACGACUUCUGCAAAACCAAGACCCGGGCACUGUUUUUGCUUUCCAGGUUCCUCAUAAUUUGGGUGCGCCUUCGCAUGUGCUUAUGCGUGAGACUGCGGAGGCGGGUCCGUGGAAGGAGAAGCUGGCUGGUGUGCAGCGGGAUGGAUUCCAGUCGCCGCAGGAGCUGUAUGAUGCUGUUAAGCCUUUUGCGUCUGUGGUGGAUAUUUUCGAGACUAGUUAUUAUCAUUCGCUUGAGAGUCACGAGGCUAUUAUUGAGUGGGUUAAGGGGACUGGGUUGAGGCCGUUUGUGGAUCCGUUGGAUGAGGAUGAGAAGAAGAAUUUCUUGGAGGAGUAUUUGAGGAGGUUGCAGGGGGCUUAUCCUGUUUCUGUUGAUGGGAGGGUUUUGUUGAAGUAUCCGCGUUUGUUCAUGGUUGCUGUGAAAUGA